GCCGCCGCCGGCCCGCAUGGAGGAAGCCGCCGCCAGCGCCAUCGUGGUGCGCAUCGGGAUCCCCGACCUGCAGCAGACGAAAUGUAUGCGGCUAAAUCCUGAUGUUCCUGUCUGGGUCUCCAAACAGCGCAUUCUCUGUACCUUGAACCACAGCCUGAAGGAUGUUCUGAACUAUGGGCUUUUCCAGCCAGCCUUCAAUGGCAGGGCUGGAAAGUUCCUGGACGAGGAGCGACUGCUGAGGGAAUACCCUCUGAAUCCAGACACUCCUGUCCCGUACCUGGAGUUUCGUUACAAGAGGCGUGUGUACACCCAGAGUCUGCUGGAUGACAAGCAGUUUGCCAAGCUCCACACAAAGGCAAAUCUGAAGAAGUUCAUGGAGUACGUGCAAAUACUAAAUGUGGAGAAGGUCUGCAGACUGCUGGAGAAGGGACUGGACCCCAACUUCCAUGAUCCGGACACUGGAGAAUGCCCUCUGACAAUGGCAGCCCAGCUGGAGCACAGUGCCGAGGUGAUCAAAGCGCUGAAGAAUGGAGGAGCACAUCUGGAUUUCAGGACUCGAGAGGGAAUGACAGCUCUUCAUAAGGCCAUCCGGUGCCGGAACCACAUUGCCCUGAUGACACUGUUAGACCUGGGUGCCUCCCCCGAUUACAAGGACAGCCGAGGAUUAACUCCUUUGUACCACAGUGCCAUGGUUGGAGGGGACCCAUACUGCUGUGAGCUUCUGCUUCAUGACUAUGCCAAGGUGGGCUGUGUAGAUGAGAAUGGCUGGCAAGAAAUCCACCAGGCGUGUCGCUAUGGCCAUGUGCAGCACCUGGAGCAUCUUCUCUUCUAUGGAGCCGACAUGACUUCACAGAACGCCUCAGGAAACACGGCGCUCCAUAUCUGCGCUCUGUAUAAUCAGGAGAGUUGUGCCCGGGUCCUCCUGUUCCGUGGUGCAAGCAAAGAGAUUCGGAACUACAACAGCCAGACAGCGUUCCAGGUGGCCAUCAUUGCAGGAAAUUUUGAACUAGCUGAAAUCAUCAAAACCCACAAAGAGUCCGACGUUGUGCCUUUUAGAGAAACUCCCAGCUACACAAAGAGGAGACGGAUCCCUGGCGCAGGCGGCCUCUCCUCCCCCCGCAUGCUGCAGCGUUCUGCCAGCGACAACAAUUUGAAAGCCGAGAGCCACCCGUCCUACUCACCAGUGCCCUCGCUCCGCAGCCUGCCCCCACAGCUGCUGGCACAGAUGCAGGAAGCUGCUCAGAGAGAAAGAGAUGCAAAGCAGAGAGGGAGACUUUCCGGCCCUCUGCUUGGGAAGGGAGGGGAGCCCAACUUGAGUCCAGGCGCCCCCCCGGGGCCGGGGCCGGGGCCCGGGGCCGAGCCCGCCCGCCACGCCGCGCCCGCCGCCCUCCGCGGGCCCAAGCGCAAGCUGUACAGCGCCGUGCCCGGCCGCAGGUUCAUCGUGGUCAAGAGCUACACGCCGCAGGGCGAGGGGGAGAUCCAGCUGAACCGGGGCGAAGCCAUCAAGGUGCUCAGCAUUGGUGAGGGUGGCUUCUGGGAAGGAACCGUGAAAGGACGGACCGGUUGGUUCCCGGCAGAAUGCGUUGAGGAAGUGCAGAUGCGACAGUAUGAUUCACGGCAAGAAACAAGAGAGGAUAGGACAAAGCGUCUCUUCCGACAUUACACUGUGGGUUCAUAUGACAACUUCACUUCCCACAGUGACUACAUCAUCGAGGAGAAGACGGCCGUGCUGCAGAAGAGGGAGCAUGAGGGAUUCGGGUUUGUGUUGCGAGGGGCCAAAGCGGAGACUCCAAUUGAGGAGUUCACCCCGACUCCAGCCUUCCCAGCGCUCCAGUACCUGGAGUCAGUGGAUGUGGAAGGUGUGGCCUGGAAAGCAGGACUUCGCACGGGAGACUUUCUGAUUGAGGUGAAUGGUGUGAAUGUGGUAAAGGUAGGGCACAAGCAAGUGGUGUCGUUGAUCCGGCAGGGGGGAAACCACCUGGUGAUGAAAGUCGUCUCCGUCAGCCGCAAGCCAGAAUCAGAAGACGUCGUCCGAAAGAAGGCCCCUCCGCCUCCCAAGAGAGCCCCCAGCACCACCCUGACGCUGCGCUCCAAGUCCAUGACGGCCGAGCUGGAGGAACUAGAGAAACUGGAUGAGAUCUUGGCAGCAGCUGAGCCCUCGCUGAGAGCAGACAUUGUUGAAGCAGAUUCCAGGGCAGCCACUGUGAAGCAGCGACCCACGAGCCGGCGCAUCACGCCAGCGGAGAUCAGUUCGCUCUUCGAACGCCAGGGAAUGGCCGCUCACUCGGGAGUUCUCCCGGGAGCCGAGAAACCCCACGUGUCCCUACGCAAAGGAAUUCCCCGGACAAAAUCUGUAGGUGAAGAUGAGAAACUUGCUGCUUCUUUGAUGGAUGGGAAGUUUCCUCGGAGCACGUCAAUGCAAGACACUGUCAGGGAAGGCCACGGAAUCCCACCCCCACCUCAGACAGCUCCGCCCCCUCCUCCGUCUCCAUAUUACUUUGACACAGGCCCUCCCCCAUCCUUCUCCCCACCUCCACCUCCGGGAAGGGUUUAUGAUACCAUAAGAUCGAGCUUUAAGCCAAGCCUGGAGGCCAAACUCCAUGGCCUCCCCCAGGUUAUCAGUGCAACUGAGAUGUAUGACCAGGCCAGGACUUCUAUCCCAUAUCCUGAAAGGCAAAAGAGAGCUCGAUCCAUGAUAAUCCUGCAGGACUCCUCUCAUCUUCCUGUGGAGCCAACAGAGAUCCCUCGGCCUGGCCCUUCCGCCACGCCCCCGGAGAAGCUGAAAAGGAAAGGACGAGUGAUUGAUAACCCUUACGCCAACAUGGGCCAGUUCAACGUCAGCCUCUUUGCUCCCACCAAGCCCCAGAGGAAGAAGAGCCCUUUAGUGAAGCAGCUGCAAGUAGAGGACGCUCAGGAAAGAGCAGCUUUAUCCAUCACAGGAGGUUUUACGCGGGAGCCCUCUCCCACCCGCCGGAGCCAUCGCAUGAGUGGCAUAGAGUAUCAGCACCACGCGGGCAUCGCUCAGGUCGACCCCUCGAGCAUCCCCUUUGCCACUGCCAUCGCUGGAGUCAUGAAGGACAGAGAGCGUCGUCUUGAUGAGAGGCGGAAAUCCACUGUCUUCCUCUCGGUUGGGGCCAUCGAAGGGAGCCCUCCCAGCAUUGACAUGCCAUCACUGCAGCAGUCCAGGUCUAUUGAUGAGCGGUUGCUAGGAAGCCGAGAUGUGCUGCUUCCUUCACCUGUCUCAGCUUUAAAGCCAUUAAUUAGCAGCUCAUCCUCAACAUUCAUCCACCCCCUAACAGGAAAGCCUCUAGAUCCAAACUCACCACUGGCGCUUGCGCUGGCCGCAAGGGAGCGGGCCCUGUCCACUCAAGUCCCAUCCAGGUCGCCCACCCCAAUCCACAGCCCAGAUUCAGACCGAGCAGUACCCCUGUUUGUGGAUGUCCAAACCAAAGAACCAGAAAGGGGGGAGCUAGAGAGCCUAGUGUCACCUGCAUAUUCGCCUGGAGCCAAAGGGGCAGCAGGGGCAGCUCCUGGGACUUUGGCCCCUACAAAAAGCCACUGGGGGACUCCAACAACACUGAGAAAAGAGACUGAGACAAGAGCAGAAACACCUGUGAAAGAAGAGAAAAAACAUGAAGACAAGAAAUCUAUGAUCAUUAGUAUUAUGGACACAUCACAGCAGAAGACAGCCGGCCUCAUCAUGGUCCAUGCAACAAGUAAUGGCCAAGAGGAAAUAGGACUUGAGAUGAAAGAGGAGAAACCAGAUGUUCCUGAAGCAAGCAUGGAGCCGGCAGAGCUGCCCAAAACGGAGACUGAGCCCAGCCCUGUGGGGAAGUCUCCGGUUAGCCCAGCAUCUGACAAGGCACUUGGUCAAGGAAGUUCAGAGGAGGAAGUGGAGCCCUACACAGUUACCCUCCCACCAGCUCAGCUGUCUUCAAGUGAUGAAGAGACCAGGGAGGAACUGGCCAAGAUUGGGCUGGUGCCUCCGCCAGAUGAGUUUGCAAAUGGGGUACUAGUCACCACCCCUGGCACACCGAUCAGCCAACUGGCUAAGCCUAGCACGCCAUCCAUACCAGCGGCAGCAGUAGCACCUUCUACCACUGGUGGAACACCCUCAGGGAAGCCCUCUGAUGCCCCCGUAGCCCCAGAGUCUGCUGCAGACUCAGGAGUAGAAGAGGUGGACACCAGAAGUUCAAGUGACCAUCACUUGGAGACCACAAGCACCAUCUCUACAGUCUCCAGUAUGUCUACAUUGUCCUCUGAAAGUGGGGAGCCUACUGACACAUACACUUCCUUUGCGGAUGGACAAACUUUUAUACUCGAGAAGCCACCAGUGCCUCCAAAGCCAAAACUCAAGUCCCAGCUCAGCAAGGGGCCAGUUACUUUCAGGGACCCACUUUUGAAGCAGUCUUCGGACAGUGAGCUCAUCUCCCAGCAACAUGCGGCUACUCUGGCUUCAGCCAGUGUUGGUCGGCCACGCUACCUCUUUCAGAGAAGAUCCAAGCUAUGGGGAGACCCCAUGGAAAGCAGGCCAGUCCACGGGGCUGAGGAUGACAAACCAACUGUGAUCAGUGAGCUAAGUUCCCGGUUACAACAGCUGAAUAAGGAUACACGAUCACUGGGGGAGGAACCUGUCGGGCCCCCUUUAGAUCCUGGGAAGAAGUCACCUGUGGUCGCAGCACGACUUUUCAGUAGUUUAGGAGAACUCAGCACCAUUUCCCAGCGGAGCUCCGGAACCACCUACACAGUUCGACCUGGCAGCCGCUACCCUGUAACCCGACGUACUCCCAGUCCAGUGAAGCCUGCCCUGGAUAGGACAGACCCUCUCAGCACCGUGCGGCCCUAUGGAUUGACACCUCCCACCAUCCUCAAAUCUUCCAGCCUCUCCAUCCCGCAUGAGCCCAAGGAGGUGCGCUUUGUGGUGCGGAGCGUGAGUGCUCGGAGCCGCUCCCCAUCCCCCUCGCCCUCUCCUGGGCCUCCCCUGCACACUCUGCACCCACCGCGGCCCUUCAUGCAGAAACCCCUCCACCUGUGGAACAAAUACGAUGUAGGGGACUGGCUGGAAAGCAUCAAUUUGGUGGAGCAUCGAGACAAGUUUGAGGACAAUGAGAUUGAGGGCACACACUUACCUGCUCUCACCAAGGAGGACUUUGUGGAGUUGGGGGUGACACGUGUAGGGCACCGCAUGAACAUUGAGCGAGCACUCAAACAGCUGGUAGACAGUUGA